AUGUCCGAUUUAAAAUCUUUGGCCGCCACUUUAAUGCGAUAUAUCCAAAUGGAUUUGGAGUCUUUUGAGGAAGAUUAUCGCUCCUCUCCGGAAAGUUUUCAAUCGCUACCCGCACUCAAAUUCAAAAAACGUGAAUUAAGUGAUUUAUGGUCUAAAAUUGACCAUAAAUUCACUCAAAUUAGAGAAUCCGCAGAUUUACUCGAUCCAAAGAAGGCUGAAACAAUCAAUUUAACGGAAGUUGUGCAUCAUUUUAGAUCUGCCAGAAAUUUUUAUAGAACUAGUAUGAUCUCAAUAGAUGAAUCUAUUGAAGAGAUUACUAAGGCCAAUGAUACCCGAGCCUCAUUACCCGAACCCCCACAACCCAACAAUUCCGUAGCCUUCAAUGUACCUCCAUGCGAUAUGCCUACAUUUAAUGGGGAUUUUAAAUCUUGGGCUUCUUUCCGGGAUCUUUUUAAAGCCAUAUAUGGUAACAACACACGCUUAAGUGGAGUUGAAAAACUCUUCUAUCUUAAGCAAAAAACAAGCGGCGAAGCCAAAGAAAUCGUUGACAACGCACCCCUAACUAAUGAUGGCUUUCUCAUUGCGUGGACCCAACUCGUCUCUCAAUUUGAAAAUAGACGAAUGCAAAUCAAUGCGCAAUUGAAAACACUUUUUAAUUUACCCACAGUAAGCACCAUGUGCAGUGCUUCUAUAAGAAAGUUUCAGAGAAAGAUUAAUUGUUGUAUUACUAAUUUAAAUUCAUUAGAAAUUGAUACGGAUAAUUGGGAUCCUAUCUUUGUAUAUCUUUGCUUAUCAAAAUUACCCAAAGAAACCCGAAGAGAGUUUGAGAAAACUCUCAAUGAUAGCGCUGAAAUGCCGCCAUGGACGAAUCUUGAUGUGUUCUUAACGAACACUUUUAAGGAACUUACAUCAGUAAACGAUGUUCCAGAUUCGAAUCCUAAUACCCACCCUAAACCCAAACAAUUUACUGAAACAAAAUAUAACCCUGACAGAAGAGCCAAAGCGUUUCACAAUGUAACCCAUUCUUCAAAGAAACCCCACCCAAACCCCAAACCUCAAAAUGAACAAAAAUUCUCUAACCCUAACCCACAAGUUGAAAAUACUCAGGCGUCAACAUCACAAAACGCAGUACAGUCUUUCUCAACCCACACCCAAUCAAGCAAACCCAUACCCAUAGAUGACAGAACAAAGUUAUUAGGAACUGCAGUUCUGAACGUUGAUGUUCAAGGAGAACUAUUUCCAGCUAGAGCGCUUAUUGACCCAGCUUCAGACUUCUCGUUUAUCACAGAUAAACUGAGAAGGAAGUUAAAAUUACCCACUACACCCAUAGUUGCUGAAAUAUCAGGAUUGAAUGAAAUAGUUUCAGCUCGUUCGAAUAAAUUAUGUCAAGUUUUAUUGCGCUCUAACACACAAAAUGAAUUUAAAUUGAAUAUCCAAGCAAUUGUUGUUAAAACAUUAACCAAAAACUUACCCACCCAAAACUUAAACCCAACCCUAAUACAAGAUUUGGAAAAUAUUCAAUUAGCUGACCAAAGGUUCUAUGAAAGCCGACCUAUCGACUUUAUUAUUGGCAGCGAUUUUUACCCACAGAUUCUAAAAUCUGGAGUCAGAAAAGACUUACUUAAUACCCUUAUAGCUCAGGAAACUGAGUUUGGCUGGAUUUUAACAGGACCCGUUCAGAAUUCGCAAAAUAACCAACCCUUAGUUUCAUACUUCAGUUCAGUCACGCUUGAUAAAGUUUUGACCAAGUUCUGGGAAAUUGAAGAUGUACCCACCCAACCCAAAGUUUCAGAAGAAAGUUCUUUAUGUGAAGAAACUUUCAAGACCACUACCCUUCGAUUACCAAAUGGCCGUUAUCAGGUAAAUUUACCAUUUAUAUACCCUCCUGUUGAGUUAGGAAACUCUAGACACGUUGCUAUGGCUCAAUUUCUACGUAACGAGAAAAGUUUAAUGAAAAAGCCAGAGCUUAAAAUGGAAUAUGAUAACGUCCUACAAGAGUAUAUCGAUUUAGGUCAUAUGAAACCAAUUAAAUAUAACCCAAACACUCCUUCAAACACCCAUUAUUAUUUACCCCAUCACGCUGUUGUUAAACUUGAUCGUGUUACGACAAAAGUUCGAGUUGUAUUUAAUGCAUCUAGCAAAACCUCGAACAGCAACAGUCUUAAUGAUACCCUACACACUGGUCCUACCCUACAACAAGAUUUAGUUGUACUUAUCUUGAAAUGGCGCUUUUACAAGAUAGUUUAUAAUGCCGACAUUACAAAAAUGUACCGGCAAAUUAUGCUAAACCCAACCCACACACCCUUCCAACGGAUAUUAUUCCGUAAAAGCGUCAACGAACCCAUUCAAGAUUAUGAACUGCAAACAGUUACAUUUGGUGUUAACUGUGCACCAUAUUUGGCUAUUAGAACCCUACACAAAUUAGCCGAUGACAUUCAAAAUACCCACCCUAUAGCUUCGCAAAUAUUGAGAAACAACAUGUAUGUUGAUGAUGUCUUAGCCGGAGGUCACACAAUUGAAGAAGCUCAAAAAGCUCAAACCCAAUUGAUCUCGGCUCUAGACUCUGCUGGUUUUCCUUUAAGAAAGUGGAUUUCCAAUACAAAGGAAUUAUUACAUAAAUUACCCGAAGAACAUCUACUCGAUGUUGAUUUACUUACCCUACCCAAAUCAAAUAAUGCUAAAACGUUAGGCAUUCGUUGGAAUGCUAAAGAAGAUACGUUUUUCUUUAAUGUACCCUUAAUUGAAAGAAAAUCAGCAUACACAAAGCGAACUGUGUUAUCAGACAUUGCUCGUCUUUUUGACCCAGCUGGUUGGUUAGCGCCAAUUGUUAUAUCUGCCAAGAUUAUUAUGCAGCAAAUUUGGCAAGAUAAUACAGCAUGGGAUGAAUGUCUUAACCCACUCACCUUUAUAAAAUGGCAAAAGUUUUUGCAGUUCUACGAUAAUAUUAAUAGAAUUCGUAUUCCAAGAUGGAUUAACUUUUCACCUUCAGCAAAAAUUGAGUUUCAUGGUUUUUCAGAUGCUUCUGAAAAGGCAUACUCUGCAUGUCUAUAUGCACGAGUAACACCCAUAGACGGACCUAAUUCCGUAACCCUACUCUUCGCUAAGACGAGAGUUGCGCCAAUCAAAGUAAUCUCGUUACCAAAACUUGAACUUUGUGGUGCAGUGUUGUUGGCAAAUAUGACACACAAUGUACUCACCCAACUCAACCUACCCUUACAUCAGACGUAUUUCUGGACCGACUCAUCUAUAGUUUUGGCCUGGCUUAGUAAACACCCUAACUCGUGGAAUACAUUUGUGGCAAACAGAGUUUCAACAAUUCUACAAACAGUAGGAGUAGAUAACUGGAAUCAUGUUGCUUCACACGAUAAUCCUGCCGAUGUUGCUAGCCGAGGAUGUAAUGCUGAUGAGUUAAAAGAUGACACUUUAUGGUGGAAUGGACCAUCGUGGUUGAAAGAAGUCGCGUCGAAGUGGCCAACAACAGAUAAACACUUUAUUACUCAAGCUGAAGCUAAAAAUAUGGCACCCAACAACAACAACAAUCGUAAAGGACGUUCCAACCGUUCCAGCCGCAAACCCAACCGCAAAAACGAUAAACGUCAACCAAAACGCCAUUUUGGUUGCGGUAUUUGUCAAGCCGAUCACAGCUUAACAAAUUGUCGAAAGUUCCAAAAGAUGAACUGGGCGGAGAAAUACAAAACCGCAGUUAAAUUGCACUACUGCGUCAAUUGUUUGGCGAGGAACCAUCUCAUUGGCGGUUGCACGAGUAAGGCUCGUUGCCAACAAUGUGGUGGUUGCCAGGCCCGGGAGGAUGUUCACAUCAGUGAACAAUUGAACGUUACCAUCCCUGAAGUCCAAUAG